AGUCCUAUUUAAAAGCCCAGGCAGCUGCCAAGCCUCCGUACAUCUUCUCUCUUCUCACUCGAGCCUCCGUACAUCUCUCUUCUCACUCGAGCCUCCGUACAUCUUCUCUCUUCUCACUCGGCACAGAGAGAAAAAUGCUCUUGCAGAGGCGGUCCUGGCUCUGGCUGUACAUUAGAAUCGGUGUCAUUCUGGGUGAUAUUUUGGGACGUAAACCAAGCAUCCGGGAGCAACAUGGGGGAAACAGCUGCUAUCAGCUUAACAGACUUUUCUGUGACUUCCAGGAAGCAGAUAACUACUGCCACGCCCAGAGAGGACGCCUAGCCCACACGUGGAACCCCAAGCUUCGGGGUUUCCUAAAAAGCUUCCUGAAUGAAGAAACAGUGUGGUGGGUCAGGGGAAACCUGACGCUGCCCGGAUCGCAUCCAGGGAUAAAUCAGACAGGAGGUGAUGACGUCUUAAGGAACCAAAAGCCUGGCGAGUGCCCUUCCGUGGUCACACACUCUAAUGCUGUCUUCUCAAGAUGGAACCUGUGCAUAGAGAAGCAUCAUUUCAUUUGCCAGGCUGCCGCCUUUCCCCCUCAAGGUGCAAGCAUUUGGAGAAAUGAGUUUGGUCCUGGUCCUCUGUUACCCAUGAAAAGAAGAGGAGCUGAGACAGAGAGACAUAUGAUCCCAGGAAAUGGCCCCCCGUUAGCCAUGUGUCACCAACCCGCUCCUCCUGAGCUUUUUGAGACAUUGUGCUUUCCCAUUGACCCAGCUUCUUCAGCACCUCCAAAAGCCACACACAGGAUGACAAUCACAUCCCUAACUGGAAGGCCACAGGUGACAUCAGACACACUUGCAUCCAGCAGCCCACCACAGGGGACAUCAGACACACCUGCAUCCAGCAGCCCACCACAGGUGACAUCAGCCACAUCUGCAUCUAGCAGCCCACCACAGGGGACAUCAGACACACCUGCAUCCAGCAGCCCACCACAGGUGACAUCAGCCACAUCUGCAUCUAGCAGCCCACCACAGGGGACAUCAGACACACCUGCAUCCAGCAGCCCACCACAGGUGACAUCAGCCACAUCUGCAUCUAGCAGCCCACCACAGGGGACAUCAGACACACCUGCAUCCAGCAGCCCACCACAGGUGACAUCAGCCACAUCUGCAUCUAGCAGCCCACCACAGGGGACAUCAGACACACCUGCAUCCAGCAGCCCACCACAGGGGACAUUAGACACACCUUCAUCUAGCAGCCCACCACAGGGGACAUCAGACACACCUGCAUCCAGCAGCCCACCACAGGGGACAUCAGAGACACCUGCAUCCAACAGCCCACCACAGGGGACAUCAGAGACACCUGGAUUCAGCAGCCCACCACAGGUGACAACAGCCACACUUGUAUCCAGCAGCCCACCACAGGUGACAUCAGAGACACCUGCAUCCAGCAGCCCAACACAGGUGACAUCAGAGACACCUGCAUCCAGCAGCCCAACACAGGUGACAUCAGACACACCUGCAUCCAAUAGCCCACCACAGGGGACAUCAGACACACCUGGAUUCAGCAGCCCAACACAGGUGACAACAGCCACACUUGUAUCCAGCAGCCCACCACAGGUGACAUCAGACACACCUGCAUCCAGCAGCCCACCACAGGUGACAUCAGACACACCUGCAUCCAGCAGCCCACCACAGGUGACAUCAGAGACACCUGCAUCCAGCAGCCCACCACAGGUGACAUCAGACACAUCUGCAUCCAUCAGCCCACCACAGGUAAUAUCAGACACACCUGCAUCCAGCAGCCCACCACAGGUGACAUCAGAGACACCUGCAUCCAGCAGCCCAACAAACAUGACAUCAGACACACCUGCAUCCAGCAGCCCAACAAACAUGACAUCAGACACACCUGCAUCCAGCAGCCCAACAAACAUGACAUCAGACACACCUGCAUCCAGCAGCCCACCAUGGCCUGUUAUAACAGAGGUCACCAGGCCUGAAUCCACAAUACCUGCUGGAAGAUCUUUGGCAAACAUCACUUCAAAGGCACAGGAAGACUCUCCCCUGGGAGUCAUCUCUACCCAUCCACAGAUGUCAUUUCAGAGUUCAACCAGUCAGCAGGCCUUGGAUGAGACAGCAGGGGAACGGGUCCCAACAAUUCCUGAUUUCCAAGCCCACAGUGAAUUCCAGAAAGCUUGUGCCAUCCUCCAGAGACUGAGAGACUUCCUGCCGACUUCUCCCACAUCAGCUCAGGUCAGUGUGGCCAAUUUACUCAUUGACCUGAGUGAGCAGUUGCUGGUGCUCCCGUUUCAGAAGAACAACAGUUGGAGCUCUCAAACUCCAGCAGUCAGCUGCCCCUUCCAGCCUCUUGGACGUCUAACAACAACGGAAAAAAGCAGUCAUCAGAUGGCUCAGCAAGACAUGGAACAGCACCCCAUGGACGGAGCACACAAUGCAUUUGGGAUCAGUGCAGGGGGAUCGGAAAUUCAAAGUGACAUCCAGCUACGGAGUGAGUUUGAGGUUGAAGACAUGCUGGAGACAUCCCUGAUGGCCCUGGGGGAGAUCCACAGAGCAUUUUGCCAGCAGAGUCUGUGCCCUCAGUCAGCAGUGACCCUGGCCUCUCCCUCUGCUACUCUGAUGUUGAGCAGCCAAAAUGUGUCAACGUUGCCCCUGAGCACCUACACUUUGGGUGAGCCUGCACCCUUGACUUUGGGCUUCCCGUCAGCAGAAGCUCUGAAGGAGCUCUUGAACAAACACCCAGGCGUGAACCUUCAAGUGACAGGUCUGGCUUUCAACCCUUUUAAGACUUUGGAUGACAAGAACAUUGUUGGAAGCAUUGGAAAUGUGCAGCUGAGCUCUGCUUAUCAGUCGAUCAGAGUCCACGACUUAAUAGAAGAUAUUGAGAUCAUGCUCUGGAGAAAUGCCAGCAUGGAGACCCAGCCCACCAGCCUCAACACAAGUACAGACCAUUUCACAAUCUCUGUGAACAUCACUUCCUUGGAGAAGACCCUCAUUGUGACCAUCGAGCCUGAAAGUCCCCUCCUAAUGACGCUCCACUUGGGCUUCCAGGACCAGCUGGCCCACACUCACUUCUAUCUCAACAUCAGCCUGCCAAGGGACCAAGUGUGGCAGAAAGAUGAGGAGUACACGUGGGUGCUGACACCAGAGAACCUGUGGUACGGGACUGGCACCUACUACAUAAUGGCUGUGGAGAAUAAAAGUACAGAGGCGGCACAGCACACACCCGUCCUGGUCUCAGUGGUCACAGCUGUCACCCAGUGCUAUUUCUGGGACCGAUACAAUAGGACAUGGAAGAGCGAUGGAUGCCAAGUGGGGCCGAAGAGCACCAUUUUAAAGACACAGUGUCUCUGUGACCACCUGACCUUCUUCAGCAGCGACUUCUUCAUCGUGCCGAGGACGGUGGAUGUAGAAAACACCAUCAAACUGCUUCUUCAUGUGACCAACAACCCUGUCGGGGUGUCAUUGCUGUCCAGCCUCCUAGGAUUCUAUAUCCUCUUAGCCAUGUGGGCUUCCAGAAAGGAUCGAGAAGAUAUGCAGAAGGUGAAGGUAACAGUCCUGGCUGACAAUGACCCCAGCUCUGCAUCCCACUACCUUAUCCAGGUCUACACUGGCUAUCGGAGGAGGGCUGCUACCACCGCCAAGGUCGUUAUCACUCUCUAUGGCUCAGAGGGGCACAGUGAGCCCCACCACCUUUGUGACCCUGAGAAGACAGUUUUUGAGCGUGGAGCACUGGAUGUUUUCCUUCUUUCCACCGGAUCCUGGCUGGGGGACCUGCAUGGCCUUCGGCUGUGGCAUGACAAUUCUGGCGACAGCCCUUCUUGGUAUGUAAGCCAGGUGAUCGUCAGUGACAUGACCACGAGGAAGAAAUGGCAUUUCCAGUGCAAUUGUUGGCUGGCCGUGGACUUGGGCAACUGUGAGCGUGACAGGGUGUUCACACCAGCCUCCAGAAGCGAGCUCUCUUCCUUCAGACACCUGUUCUCCUCCACAAUCGUAGAAAAGUUCACCCAGGAUUAUCUGUGGCUCUCAGUUGCAACUCGACAUCCCUGGAACCAGUUUACACGAGUCCAGAGGCUCUCCUGCUGCAUGGCACUACUGCUCUGUGACAUGGUCAUCAAUAUUAUGUUCUGGAAGAUGGGUGGCACCACUGCCAAGAGGGGCACCGAACAACUAGGUCCACUUGCUGUGACCUUGUCGGAGCUGCUCGUCAGCAUCCAGACCUCCAUCAUCCUCUUCCCCAUCCACCUCAUCUUUGGGCGGCUCUUCCAGUUGAUUCACCCACCAGAAGCUCUGCCCCAGCUUCCUUUCAUCCAGGCUGCCUGGCCCCCUGCUCUUGUUUGUGAGUCCCCCUCUCUUACACAGGUGGUCAAGGAAUUAAAGGAAACUGUGGGAUUCCUGCUCAGGAGAAAUACACAGCUGCUCUCGGAGUGUGAGCCGUCUUCGUGCAGUUCUUGUGACAUUAACAAGCUGGCGAAGCUUUUAUCCGGCCUCAUUUACUGUCACUUAGAAGACGAAGGCUGUCACCAGCAGACAGAAUCCCACUGGGAAGACGCAGUGUCUGAAAACCAUUACCAUUUCUGCCGCUACCUUCUCCAACUUCUGCGGAGACUGAAAGCGCAUUUAGAGGCUCUUGGUGCUACCCAGGAUCACCAGUCUUGUGAUUUCUCAGAAGCAGUCAGCCAACUUCAAAACCUCCAGGAACUCCUGGAGACACAGACUCUCCGCAGAGGGCCAGGGCCAUGCAGGCAUUCCACCAGUUUCCCCAUCCUCAGCCCAGGAGAAGGGAAGAAGCCCAUGUCAUUUUGCCUGUUCAGAUGGUUGAAGUGCAGCUGCUGGCUCCUUCUUGGUGUCAUCAGCCUGGCCUCGGCCUUUUUUAUAACGCUCUAUAGCUUGGAGUUGGACAAAGACCAAGCCACCAGCUGGGUUAUUUCAAUGAUGCUGUCGGUACUACAAGACAUCUUUAUCAGCCAGCCGAUAAAGGUCAUCUUCCUGACAUUGUUGUUCUCCCUGAUGGCAAACCACAUGCCGUGGCUUAACAAAGACAAGGAACAACACGCCCGGAGAAUCGUAGCACUUUGGGCAAAGUGUCCUUGGUCGGCACCUGGCUUGAGAGACAAGAACAAUCCCAUCUACACUGCCCCAGCAAUGAACAACCUAGCCAAGCCUACAAGGAAGGCCUGGAAGAAGCAGCUCUCCAAGCUGACGGGUGGUACUCUGGUGCAAAUCCUCUUCCUGACCCUGCUGAUGACUACCGUCUAUUCUGCAAAGGACUCUAGUCGAUUUUUCCUCCAUCGAGCUAUCUGGAAGAGGUUUUCUCACCGUUUCUCAGAAAUCAAAACUGUAGAGGAUUUCUACCCCUGGGCCAACGGCACCCUCCUUCCUAACCUAUAUGGGGAUUACAGAGGAUUUAUUACUGACGGGAACUCCUUUCUUCUGGGCAAUGUUUUGAUCCGCCAGACUCGCAUUCCUAAUGACAUAUUCUUCCCAGGAUCUCUCCACAAGCAAAUGAAGUCGCCUCCCCAACAUCAGGAGGACAGAGAGAACUAUGGGGCUGGCUGGGUCCCCCCUGACACAAACAUCACAAAAGUAGACAGUAUUUGGCAUUAUCAGAAUCAGGAGUCGCUGGGAGGCUAUCCCAUCCAAGGGGAGCUAGCCACUUACUCAGGAGGAGGCUAUGUUGUGAGGCUUGGAAGAAACCACAGUGCGGCAACCAGGGUUCUGCAGCAUCUGGAACAGAGGCGCUGGCUGGACCACUGCACAAAAGCCCUCUUUGUAGAAUUCACGGUCUUCAAUGCUAAUGUGAAUCUGCUCUGUGCGGUGACCCUCAUCUUGGAAUCCAGUGGUGUGGGUGUUCUUCUUCCCAGGGACUUUCCUCACCUCCCUGCAACUGGACAGUUUAACUUCCCUUCAGUCAUCAGAGAGGGGCUUCGCCUGGAUCGUCUCACAGGUCGUCUACUACCUUCUCGUCUGUUACUAUGCCUUCAUCCAGGGCUGUCGGCUGAAGCGGCAGAGGCUGGCGUUCUUCACUAGGAAAAGGAACCUCCUGGACACAAGCAUCGUCCUCAUUAGCUUCAGCAUCCUGGGCCUCAGCAUGCAGAGCCUCUCUCUACUUCACAAAAAGAUGCAGCAGUACCACUGUGACCGGGACAGGUGAGGGACCCGAGCUGCAGGCUCAUGCCAAAGGCUUCCUCAUCCCCACCCCUCCUUCUCUUCCACUUCCCCGCCAGUUGGGCUGCAUUUGUAAAGUGCAAGUAAAACUACAACUUGGACAUGGGACCAUGGCUGAAAGCUCUGUGGUGCUCAUUAGCUUCUAUAGAAGAUAAUGCAUUUAAGUCUCAGAGCAAGGGCCUGGAAUUGGGGCUACUUUGUAUGCAUAAAGCCUGAGGCCAGUCAGAUUAUCACCCUUUAAAAGGAUACAAACCCAGUGCAAGACACACUUACCAAUAUGAAGUUUUCAUGUGGGUUUUUUUUUACCCCUAUUACCCAUAUCAGGCUGCUGAAUACUCAAAGGGCUUGAGAUCUAAAACCUUUCAAAGCACGGUCCUAAGUAGCUCUCUGUUGAACUGUCUACACUGGGAUAGUGGGUCUAUGUAACCCAAAGAGCUAUGGCAGCUUAGCUCCAGGCUGCUGUGUGGCACUGCAACCAGUGAUUCUCAACCUUCCUAAUGCUGCGACCCUUUAAUAUAUAUUAUAGUUCACGCUCUGGUGACCCCCAACCAUGUUAUUUUUGUUGCUAUUUCACUACUAUAUUAAUAUCGUUAUGAAUCAUAAUAUAGUUUUGGAGGGUGGGCAAAGGUGUUGCAACCCACAGGUUGAGAACCACUGGCCUAGGCCUUGACCAACAGAGGGUCUGUGCUCACCAACUUGCUUAUUGCUACAGGAGUCUCUCCAAGGAAACUGAAACAUACUUCACACAACAAAACGGAGCUGCGUUUGCAGGGCAAAUCUCUACCUCUCUUUUUUUUUUUUCCAUUUUUUAUUAGGUAUUUAGCUCAUUUACAUUUCCAAUGCUAUACCAAAAGUCCCCCAUACCCACCCAUCUCUACCUCUCUUAACUCUCAGUGUGACUAUGACCUCACUCGUGUCUACCCAUCAGAUAACACUGGGUGCUAGACAACAAUCCAUGACAAUGACAUGUCCCCUUAGGCUCUAACAACUGUGGAGGAUGGUCCCCAUUUCUAGGAUAUGAAGGAAAGAUAUCAGCUAGUAGCUGCUUUGAAAAGCUGUCAGGAUGGCUCCUAGCCAGGGGGCCUGUUUGUGUUUUCAUAGUGUUUCUGGCCACGGUAGAGCUAGGAAGCUGUUUCACUGCAUGGGUGUCAGACAUGGCUGAAGCUGCUAACCUGUGGAGGAAGCUGCUGACAAGCGAGGGCCACUCCUUGUGCUACGUAACUGACAUUCAGCUUCCCUUGGCUACAGGUUCAUCAGUUUCUACGAGGCACUGAGAGUGAACUCUGCAGUCACCCACCUCAGGGGCUUCCUGCUUCUCUUCGCAACUGUGCGGGUCUGGGACCUACUGCGACAUCAUGCCCAGUUACAGGUCAUCAACAAGACACUGUCCAAAGCCUGGGACGAGGUGCUGGGCUUUAUACUGAUCAUCGUGGUCCUGUUAAGCAGCUAUGCCAUGACUGUAAGCCCCCAAACCCAGCAUCUUCCCCAAGGGCUGAGGCCUGUCUGUCCACUCAGGAAAGGUCACUGUUCAGGAAACCAUCAGAUUAGCACUGGGUUUUUUGUUUUUUGAGAAAAGGUCAGAUAGGAAAACUGGGUUUAGUCACGUUCCAUAUUAGAUGUGUUAUCACAUCUCUAAGAUACAGACACAAAAAUAGAGAUCGGAGGUAGCACGGAGAUCAGAUUUUGUAGUCAUGGUAACUUGAAUAGCCAAAAGGAAUUUCCAUUGCUUCUGUUGGCCGUAACAAGCACCUCAGGGUGAAAUGAGAUUGGUUACCACUGACUGGCCUCUCUCCCGUUCAGUUCAACCUGCUGUUUGGAUGGAGCAUCUCUGACUACCAGAGCUUCUUCAGAUCUAUAGUGACUGUUGUUGGCCUCUUGAUGGGAACUUCAAAGCACAAGGAGGUAAGAGAAGUUUGCAGGUAGAAGUAGCCUCGUUAGUUACCUUUCAGACUGGUUGGUGUUUGGCUUAGCAGCUUUACUCGUGUGGUGGGGUGAGGUGGGGUUGCUUAAUGUGCAGCCUCCUCCUGCACAGGAGAGAGAACCUACAUCCCUUACCCUUGUCUCCAAGUAACGCCUGUGCACGACCCUGCACUACUCAACUACUGCUUCCUAGGCACCCGUGCUCACCUCUUCUUCCUUACCUCUUCCUCACCUCCUCUUCCCCCAUAUCCUCACCCUGCUGCCAAAGGACACCUGGCCAGAAUAGCACAAGCCAUUCUGAAACUCUGUCAGGGAAGCAAGCAAAGGCAUGCCAGAAAGCAUUGCAUUAGUUCUGUUUACAGUUAACAAACCUCUAAGGUUCACUCUUCCCUCACCCGCACACAACCCUGUCUGCCCAUGUUACAGAAAGGGCAAAGAACUUCACACACACACACACACACACACACACACACACACAGUCAUCCAGUACCGUUACUAUAACUUUAUGCAAAAUUAAAUAAAGUGAGGGGAAAACUUCAACUAUGAAUUUUAUGACUAUUUGGCUCCUAGCAUUGAAAGGGUUGUGUGACCAGGAAAUUGAUGGAACUGGCAACACUUGGACAGUUGCUCACUUUGAUGGCCCGUUAUCUUAGGGAGGGAGGCAGGAGCUGGUGCAGAGGCCCUGGUGGAAUGCUGCUUACCAGCUUGCUCCUCACAGCUCUGCUCAGUCUGCUUUCUUGUAGAACCCAGGCCACCUGCCCAGGUGGCACCACCCACAAACUGGGCCCUCCCACGUCAACCACUAGUUAUGAAAGCACUACAGUAUAGGUUUGCCUACAGCCCAAUAUUAUGCAGCCAUUUCUCGAUUGGGGUUCUCUCCUCUCAGAGAACUACAAUGUCUGUCAAAGGUUGCCAUAAAACUAGCCAACACACCCAUGACUCAAAGGCUUCUGAUUACAUAGGUUAGUCGGUGGUUUUCUUCCCGAGAAAGGAUGCAACAGCUAUUUGCUAUACUGUUAUGGUUGUAGCUUCACAAGGGGGUGAGUCACUGGUUAAAGGGCUAGUAGCAACAAUGAACAAGCCGAAGUCUGUGUGUGUGUGUGUGUGUGUGUGUGUGUGUGUGUGUGUAUGACCAUUUGUUAAAAAGAACACCUCACAAGGUUACAUAUAGAAACCUUGCACAAAACCUACCACAGCUAUUCCAGCCAAAAGCCAGUUUUUCUUAACUUUUACUGGAAGACUCUGAUGUCCAGAGAGGCUUCCCAGAUGGCAGGCAGGCAGGUUUUAUGAUUCCUUCUAUACACUCAUUACCCCAAGCUUUCCUGUUUAGACAGAUGUUUUCAGUGAACCGGGAUUUGAAUCACGAUCCUAUUGUUUUCCUGUUUUUCCUGAGAAAAGCUGAGAAAUCAGAUUCUCAAAUCAAAUAUAUUCAUGUUAUAUCCACUUAAAAGUAUUUUCCUUAGGGUCUUUCUCUCCCUAGUUUUUAUCAGAUUCAAACACGUGCUUAGGAAUGAAUCCCAGAUCUUAGCAGUUUGUGAUGCUAACUCCGAGAUCUUACUGUCUUCCCAGGUUAUUGCUCUAUACCCAAUCCUGGGCUCCCUUUUGGUUCUCAGUAGCAUCAUCUUGAUGGGACUUGUGAUCAUUAAUCUUUUUGUUUCUGCCAUUCUCAUUGCCUUUGGGAAAGAAAGGAAGGCCUGUGAGGUAAGUAACCAAACUGGAAAGUGUAGUGACGCUUCCAACACUGCGAACCUUCAAUCCAGUCCCUCAUGGUGGGAGGACCCCAACCAUAAAAUUAUCUUCAUCGCUA